GUUCUAUGUACGGAGUACUACGGAGUAUUUGUCUUCCCCAUGUUUUCCAAUCCGCAUUCACUGUUGAUCGCUUAAACCGCCCUCCGCCACAAAAAAGUCGUUGGGCGUCGCUGCUUCCAUUUUAAAACACCCAUUUGUCCAGCUCACACUUGACCAUUCAUACAUCCCACUCCUUCAAAAAGAAAACAAUCACAAUUUCUUCUUUUUUUUUCUUCUUUGCUCCCACUACUCGUACCUCUUCUCAAUAGAACAAUUUCUCUCAGACCACCUUUCUUCCUUCUCCAACAACAAUCACAAACCAUCAACCGCCAAAAUGCCAAAGGUCAAAUACAUCCUCCUCGACUGCGACAACACUCUCGUCUUGUCUGAACGUCUCGCCUUCGAAGCUUGUGCCGAUCUCACCAAUGAGCUCCUCGCCAAGUAUGACGUCCCCGAACGCUACACCGUCGACUCUCUCCUCGAAGACUUUGUCGGUCAGAACUUCCGUGGCAUGAUGGUCGGACUCCAGAAGAAGCACAACUUCCAGAUGCCACCCGACCAGCUCGAGGAGUACGUCAACCGUGAAUUGGGAGAGGUCAUCAAGAAGCUCAGCGCCAAAGCCACUCCUUGCCCCGGUGCCCCAGAAGAGUUGGAACGUCUACACAAGGCUGGAUACCCCAUGUCUGUCGUGUCGACCUCGGCCAAACCCCGUGUCGUCGCUUCCCUCGAGAAGGUCGGCAUUGACCACUACUUCCCCAAUGCCCAUGUCUACAGUGCCGCCACCUCCCUCAACCCACCGUCCAGCAAGCCCGACCCCAAGAUCUACCUCUACGCUUGUGAGCAACUCGGUGUCAAGCCGGAAGAAUGCAUCACGGUCGAGGACAGCAAGAGUGGUGCCACUGCUGCCAUGCGUGCCGGUAUCCCAUUGAUUGGCUACGUCGGAGUCUAUGGUAUCGAGGAGGGCAAAGAGAAGAUGGACCAGAUGGCCAAGAUUCUGACUGAGCAAUGCAAGGCCGCUCACAUCAUGUAUGAUUGGAAGGAGUUCCCGGAGAUCCUCAAGAAGAUGGAGGCUGCGUGACUACCCGACCAUAAAGCACGACUCUGAACGUGGUGAUUACGAGAGAGACGAAGGAAUUUUCGGAAUGAUCUUGACACGAACCAACUAAGAAGACGAAUAUGCUCCCCCAGGUCUGUGGGUUGAGCAGAGAAAUGACGAUCCUUUCAUUGAGACAGACAUGGACGCAGACACUAGAAUUUCAUACGGCAUGAAAGAAAGAAGAUUCACGAGAAGUGAAGAAUAGAGAAUGAUUUCUUCCAUCACUUUUACAGAUUC